CGAGCUGAUGACGUCAAACGUCGUGUGUUCACCCACGUGUGCUGCAGCUCUCUCGGUGUCGGCGCUAGAGUCGAGGGCGCCUUUCCUAGGGGCGUAGUCGGUGGUUGCUCGGGCACUGGGGCCUCGGCGACUUGGGGACGUUGGCCGUGAAGCAGAGAGCGCAGGUGGCCGCUCGGGGUGAGGGCCCUGGGUCAUGGAGCACUUCUUGAUGGAGGUGGCGGCCGAGCCGCUGCGGUUAAUCGCAGCCAAGAAUGAGAAGAGCCGCAAUGAACUGGGCAGGUUCCUGGCCAAGCAGGUGUGGACACCUCAAGAUCGCCGGUGUGUCCUGAGUACCUUAGCACAGUUGCUCUUGGAUAGGGACUGUACUGUCCUGGUUGGUCGCCAGCUUCGCCCUCUCCUUUUAGAUUUGCUGGAGAGGAAUGCCGAAGCCAUCAAAGCUGGAGGCCAAGUCAACCAUGAUCUGCAUGAGCGGCUCUGUGUGUCGAUGAGCAAACUCAUCGGUAACCAUCCUGAUGUCCUCCCGUUUGCCCUGAGGUAUUUCAAGGACACAUUCCCAGUCUUUCAAAGACUCUUCCUAGAGAGUUCAGAUGCUAAUCCAGUCCGCUACGGACGUAGGAGGAUGAAGCUCCGGGACCUAAUGGAAGCAGCCUACAGGUUUCUGCAGCAGGAGCAGUCUGUGUUCCGGGAGCUCUGGGACUGGAGUGUGUGUGUCCCUCUCCUCAGAAGCCAUGACACCUUGGUUCGCUGGUAUACGGCCAAUUGUCUUGCUUUGGUCACCUGUAUGAGUGAAGAGCACAAAUUAUCAUUCCUUAAGAAGAUAUUUAAUAGUGAUGAAUUGAUCCAUUUCAGGUUGAGGUUAUUAGAAGAGGCCCAGUUGCAGGACUUAGAGAAGGCUUUGGUUUUGGCCAAUCCAGAAGCCUCCCUUUGGCAUAAGGAGAAGGAGCUGCAGUACUUACAGGGACACCUUGUUUCGUCUGACCUCUCCCCUAGGGUGACAGCUGUCUGUGGUGUGGUGCUGCCCGGGCAGCCACCAGCCUCUGGAGAGCCGGUUGGUAAUAGGAGUUCUUCACGUGAACAGGAGCUGGCACUUAGGUCUUAUGUGCUGGUUGAGUCUGUCUGCAAAAACCUUCAGACCCUGGCUAUGGCAGUUGCUUCUCAGAAUGCUGUGUUGUUGGAAGGACCAAUAGGAUGUGGCAAAACAUCCUUAGUUGAAUAUUUAGCUGCAAUGACAGGUAGAAGGAAGCCUCCUCAGCUUCUCAAAGUCCAGCUUGGAGAUCAGACUGACAGUAAGAUGCUUUUGGGGAUGUAUCGCUGCACAGAUGUUCCUGGAGAGUUUGUGUGGCAGCCUGGCACCCUGACACAGGCAGCCGUGAUGGGUCACUGGAUCCUUCUGGAAGACAUUGACUAUGCUCCCUUGGACGUGGUUUCUGUGCUGAUCCCUCUUUUGGAGAAUGGAGAGCUGUUGAUUCCGGGCAGAGGUGACUAUUUGAAAGUGGCACCUGGAUUUCAGUUUUUUGCAACCAGGAGACUCUUGAGCUGUGGAGGAAAUUGGUAUCAACCGCUAAAUAGUCAUGCUACUUUGCUAGACAAAUAUUGGACCAAAAUUCACCUGAAUAAUCUGGAUAAGAGAGAACUGAAUGAGGUUCUUCAGAGCAGAUAUCCUAGCCUCUUGGCAGUGGCUGAUCACCUGCUUGACAUUUAUAUCCAACUUACUGGAGAGAAACAUCACUCUUGGAGCGACAGUUCUGUUGGGUGUGAACAGGCACCUGAAGAAGUUUCGGAAGCCAGCAGAAAAAACAAAAGACCAAUCCUUGAGGGAAGAGAAUUAUCUCUAAGGGAUCUGCUGAAUUGGUGUAAUAGGAUUGCCCAUAGCUUUGACAGUUCGUCUUCGUCAGCAUCAUUAAAUAUUUUUCAAGAGGCUCUGGACUGUUUCACAGCAAUGCUUUCUGAGCAUGCAAGCAAACUGAAAAUGGCAGAAGUUAUUGGAAGCAAAUUGAACAUUUCUAGAAAAAAGGCUGAAUUCUUUUGUCAACUUUAUAAACCAGAAAUUGUGAUCAAUGAGCUAGACUUGCAAGUCGGUCGAGUGCGGCUUCUCCGGAAACAAAGUGAGGCUGUUCACAUACAGAGGGAGAAGUUCACUUUUGCUGCUACACGGCCGUCCUCUGUUCUCAUCGAACAGCUUGCAGUAUGUGUCAGCAAAGGGGAGCCUGUGUUGCUGGUGGGAGAGACUGGGACCGGCAAAACCUCUACUGUCCAAUACUUGGCUCACAUUACAGGCCACCGUUUGAGGGUUGUUAAUAUGAAUCAACAAAGUGAUACUGCAGACUUGCUUGGAGGUUACAAACCGGUAGACCAUAAGCUUAUUUGGCUACCCUUACGGGAGGCAUUUGAGGAGCUCUUUGCCCAAACAUUUUCCAAGAAACAAAACUUUACGUUCUUGGGGCACAUUCAGACCUGUUACAGACAGAAACGGUGGCAUGAUCUCCUGAGACUAAUGCAGCAUGUAUACAAGUCUGCUGUUAACAAGGAUGGAAAAGAGAGUGAAACUGGAUUACUCAUAAAAGAGAAAUGGGAAGCAUUUGGUCUCAGACUCAGCCAUGCCCAACAACAGAUGAAAAUGACUGAAAAUACCUUAUUGUUUGCAUUUGUAGAGGGUACAUUAGUUCAGGCUGUAAAGAAAGGAGAGUGGAUCUUGUUGGAUGAGAUUAACUUGGCUGCUCCAGAAAUACUAGAAUGUCUGAGUGGUUUGCUUGAAGGAUCCUCUGGAUCCCUAGUGUUGCUGGAUCGAGGAGACACAGAGCCACUGGUUCGGCAUCCUGACUUCCAUUUAUUUGCCUGCAUGAAUCCAGCGACUGAUGUAGGCAAAAGAAAUCUCCCCCCAGGAAUAAGAAACAGAUUCACAGAACUUUAUGUAGAAGAAUUGGAAAGCAAAGAAGACUUACAGGUUCUUAUUGUAGAUUACCUGAAAGGAUUGAGUGUGAACAAGAAUACAGUGCAAGGAAUCAUAAACUUCUACGCAGCUUUGCGGAAAGAGUCUGGGACCAAACUGCUGGAUGGCACUGGACAUAGACCUCACUAUAGCCUUCGGACUCUGUGCCGGGCCCUGCGAUUUGCAGCCUCCAAUCCAUGUGGCAGCAUUCAGCGCUCACUCUAUGAGGGUUUUUGUUUGGGUUUCUUAACACAGCUUGACAGGGCAUCAUACCCAAUAGUUCAGAAGCUCAUCUGUCAACACAUUGUCUCUGGCAAUGCCAAGAGUCUGCUAAAGCAGCCUAUUCCUGAGCCAAAAGGAGGUCGGCUUAUCCAAGUUGAAGGCUACUGGAUUUCAGUGGGAGACAAGGAGCCUACAAUAGAUGAGACGUACAUUCUGACACCUUCUGUGAAGCUGAACCUGAGAGAUGUAGUCCGAGUUGUCUCUGCAGGAACCUAUCCAGUGCUGAUUCAGGGAGAGACAUCAGUUGGUAAAACAAGCCUCAUCCAGUGGCUGGCUGCAGCUACUGGCAACCACUGUGUGCGUAUUAACAAUCAUGAACACACGGACAUUCAGGAGUACAUUGGUUGUUACACAUCUGACUCCUCAGGGAAGCUUGUCUUUAAAGAAGGUGUUCUUAUUGAUGCCAUGAGAAAAGGCUAUUGGAUUAUUUUAGAUGAAUUAAAUUUGGCUCCUACCGAUGUAUUAGAGGCACUGAAUAGGCUGUUGGAUGAUAACCGUGAAUUGCUUGUAACAGAAACACAGGAAGUUGUUAAAGCACACCCUCGGUUUAUGCUUUUUGCCACGCAAAAUCCCCCAGGACUUUAUGGAGGCAGAAAGGUGCUUUCUAGAGCCUUCAGGAAUCGGUUUGUGGAAUUGCACUUUGAUGAGUUACCUAGCUCUGAGUUGGAAACAAUCUUGCACAAGCGCUGUAGUUUGCCACCCUCCUAUUGCAGCAAGUUGGUUAAAGUCUUGCUGGAUCUUCAGUCCUAUCGCAGAAGUUCAUCAGUGUUUGCUGGAAAGCAGGGCUUCAUCACCCUUCGUGAUCUGUUCCGAUGGGCUGAGAGAUACAGAUUGGCUGAGCAGACUGAGAAGGAGUAUGACUGGCUGCAGUACUUAGCCAAUGAUGGUUAUAUGCUUCUAGCAGGUCGAGUUAGGAAGCAGGAGGAAGUUGAUGUGAUACAAGAAGUCCUGGAGAAACAUUUCAAGAAAAAAUUGUGUCCUCAAUCUCUUUUCUCCAAGGAAAAUGUCCUAAAGUUGCUGGGUACAUUGUCUACCCAGUUGUCCACAUUGGAGUCUAACUUUGGCCACAUCGUGUGGACAGAGGGCAUGCGGAGACUCGCGAUGCUGGUGGGAAGGGCGUUGGAAUUUGGUGAGCCGGUGCUGCUGGUUGGAGACACUGGGUGUGGGAAAACUACUAUCUGUCAGGUGUUUGCAGCCUUGACAAAUCAGAAAUUAUACUCUGUCAGCUGCCACUUACACAUGGAGACAUCAGACUUCCUCGGUGGUCUGCGGCCAGUGAGACAGAAGCCAGAUGAAAAGGAAGAAAUUGACACAUCAAGACUCUUUGAGUGGUACGAUGGGCCUCUGGUUCAGGCCAUGAAGGAGGAUGGCUUUUUCCUCUUGGAUGAGAUCUCCCUGGCUGAUGACUCUGUCUUGGAAAGACUCAACAGUGUCCUUGAAGUAGAAAAGUCUCUGGUAUUAGCCGAAAAAGGCUGUCCAGAGGACAAGGACAAUGAAGUAGAGCUGUUGACUGCUGGGAAAAAAUUUCGCAUCCUAGCAACCAUGAACCCAGGGGGUGACUUCGGAAAAAAGGAGCUGUCUCCUGCCUUAAGAAACCGGUUUACGGAAAUAUGGUGCCCUCAAAGCACAAGCCGCGAAGAUUUAAUUCAGAUAAUCAAUCAUAAUCUUCGUCCAGGAUUGUGUCUGGGCAGAACAGAUCCUAAAGGGUCCGACAUAGCUGAAGUGAUGCUGGAUUUCAUUGACUGGCUGACCCACCAAGAGUUUGGCCGAAAGUGUGUGGUCAGUAUCAGAGAUAUCUUGUCCUGGGUCAACUUCAUGAACAAAAUGGGGGAGGAAGCUGCUUUGAAAAGGCCUGAGAGCAUCUCCACUGUGACAUCUUUUGUCCAUGCUGCAUGUCUGGUGUACAUAGAUGGAAUAGGUUCAGGGGUAACUUCGUCUGGGUUUGGUACAGCCCUCUUGGCACGAAAAGAAUGUCUGAAAUUUCUAAUCAAGAGGCUUGCCAAGGUAGUACGACUUACAGAAUAUCAGAAAAAUGAAUUGAAGAUUUAUGACAGAAUGAAGGCCAAAGAAUUUACUGGGAUAGAUAACCUUUGGGGAAUUCAUCCAUUUUUUAUACCAAGGGGACCUGUCCUACACAGGAAUAAUAUUGCAGACUAUGCACUCAGUGCAGGGACCACUGCUAUGAAUGCACAGAGGCUCCUAAGAGCAACAAAACUGAAGAAACCCAUUCUCCUGGAGGGUUCCCCUGGUGUUGGCAAGACAAGUUUGGUGGGAGCAUUGGCAAAGGCUUCAGGAAAUACCCUUGUUAGGAUCAACUUGUCAGAGCAAACGGACAUCACAGACCUGUUUGGAGCAGAUCUACCUGUUGAAGGUGGCAAGGGAGGAGAGUUUGCCUGGCGUGAUGGCCCCUUACUGGCAGCUUUGAAGGCAGGCCACUGGGUGGUGUUGGAUGAGCUUAACCUGGCUUCUCAGUCUGUAUUGGAAGGACUCAAUGCUUGUUUUGACCACCGAGGAGAAAUCUAUGUGCCUGAGUUAGGAAUGAGCUUUCAAGUUCAGCACGAGAAGACGAAGAUUUUUGGGUGUCAAAAUCCCUUUAGACAAGGAGGAGGGAGGAAAGGCUUGCCCAAGUCUUUCCUUAACAGAUUCACUCAGGUCUUUGUUGAUCCCCUCACAGUAAUUGACAUGGAGUUCAUUGCCAGUACUUUGUUUCCAGCCAUUGAGAAAAAUAUUGUUAAGAAAAUGGUUGCCUUCAAUAACCAAAUUGAUCAUGAAGUGACUGUUGAGAAGAAAUGGGGACAAAAAGGAGGACCCUGGGAAUUCAACCUCCGGGACCUUUUCCGCUGGUGUCAGUUGAUGCUGGUUGACCAGUCCCCUGGGUGUUACGAUCCUGGUCAGCAUGUGUUUUUGGUUUAUGGUGAAAGAAUGAGAACCGAGGGAGACAAAAAAAAGGUCAUUGCUGUAUUCAAGGAUGUGUUUGGUUCAAAUUCCAACCCAUACAUGGGAACCAGACUAUUUCGUAUCACUCCCUAUGAUGUUCAGUUGGGCUACUCGGUCCUUUCCCGUGGCAGCUGUGUUCCUCACCCGUCCCGCCAUCCUCUGUUGCUCCUGCACCAGUCAUUCCAGUCAAUGGAGUCAGUCAUGAAGUGUGUGCAGAUGAGCUGGAUGGUUAUCCUGGUCGGCCCAGCCUCUGUGGGCAAGACCAGCCUGGUCCAGCUUCUGGCACACCUUACUGGCCACACAUUAAAGAUCAUGGCUAUGAACAGUACAAUGGAUACUACUGAGCUGCUUGGUGGAUUUGAGCAGGUUGAUCUUAUACGACCUUGGAGGCAGCUGCUGGAGAAGGUGGAGGGUGCUGUAAGGGCACUGUUGAGGGAUAGCCUCCUUAUCAGUGCUGAUGAUGCAGAAGUAGUGCUACGAGCCUGGAGUCACUUCCUUCUGACUUAUAAGCCUAAGUGUCUUGGAGAAGGCGGUAAAACUAUCACGAUGGAGAUUGUCAACAAACUCGAAGCAGUGUUACUGCUUAUGCAGCGACUCAACAAUAAAAUCAACUCAUAUUCCAAGGCAGAGUUUGGCAAACUUGUUGAAGAGUUCCGAAGCUUUGGUGUGAAGCUUACGCAGUCAGCCAGUGGCCGUAGCCAUGGCACGUUCGAAUGGGUUGACAGCAUGCUGGUUCAGGCCCUGAAGUCUGGAGACUGGCUUCUGAUGGAUAAUGUUAACUUCUGCAACCCAUCAGUGUUGGAUCGUUUGAAUGCUUUGCUUGAACCUGGAGGUGUCCUCACUAUUAGUGAGAGAGGAAUGAUAGAUGGAUCCACUCCCACGAUAACACCAAAUCCCAAUUUCAGACUUUUCCUCUCAAUGGAUCCUGUUCAUGGUGAUAUAUCCCGAGCUAUGAGGAAUCGUGGACUGGAAAUCUACAUUUCAGGAGAAGGGGAUGCGAGCACCCCAGACAACCUGGAUUUGAAAGUUCUGCUACACAGCCUUGGAUUGGUGGGGAACAGUGUAUGUGACAUCCUCUUGGCUCUACACACAGAGACCUGGAGCACUGUUAUAGGUUCUCCAACAUCUUCUGUGUCAACUCUAAUCCAGACAGCCAUACUAAUUGUCCAGUACCUGCAGCGAGGGCUGAGUUUAGACAGAGCCUUUUCUGAAGCAUGCUGGGAAGUAUAUGUCUGUUCCCAGCAUUCACCAGCAAACCGGAAGCUUGUACAGGGUUUACUGGAGAAACAUGUUUCUUCUCUUCGAGCACGUGAAACCUGGGGAGACUCCAUUCUUGGCAUGGGACUGUGGCCAGAUUCUAUGCCCUCAGCUCUCUUUGCUACUGAAGAUUCUCACCUGUCUAUAGUCCGAAGUGAUGGACAGAUCUUAGCAUAUUGUCUCAACAGGAUGAGCAUGAAAACCAGCAGCUGGGCAAGGAGUCAGCCGCUUACCUUGCAAGACUUAGAGAAAAUUAUGCAGUCCUCCAACCCUGAGAACCUGAAAUUCAAUGCAGUUGAAGUGGAUACUUACUGGAUCGAUGAACCAGAUGUUUUGGCCAUGUCUGUUAAAUUGCUCAUAGAAAGAGCAACCAAUCAGGAUUGGAUGCUCAGAGUUAAAUGGCUUUAUCAUUUAGCCAAGAAUAUACCACAGGGGCUUGAGUCCAUACAAAUUCAUUUGGAAGCCAGUGCUGCAUCUCUCAGGAAUUUUUACUCACAUUCCCUCUCAGCUGCAGUCAGUAAUGUUUUCAAAAUAUUACAACCAAAUUCAUCAGAUGAAUUUGUGAUCCCUCUGGACCCCCGUUGGAAUAUGCAGGCUCUAGAUAUGAUUAGAAAUUCGAUGGACUUUGACCCAAAAAUAGACCAGCCUGACCAGCUCUUUGCCCUUUUAGAAUCAGCUGCAAACAAGACAAUCAUAUAUCUUGACCGGGAAAAACGGGUUUUUACUGAAGCAAAAUUGGUUUCUGUUGGUAGCAAGAAGCUAAGAGAUAGUGUUUUGAGAAUGUCCUUUGAAUUCCAUCAAGAUCCAGAGAGCUGUCACACUCUGCCCCAUGAAAUUGUAGUCAAUCUUGCUGCUUUUUUUGAACUUUGUGAUGCACUAAUCCUGCUCUGGGUACAGUCCUCCCAGGGAAUGGUGUCUGAUGCCAGUGUCAGUGAGAUCUUAGGUUCUCUGCAGUGGCGGGACCGGUUUUGGACUGUAGCUGACACAGUAAAAGUAGAUGCCGCAGGUCUGGCGCUUCUUGCCCUCCAUUGGCACUGGGUUUUAAAACAUCUGGUCCACCAGAUCCCCCAACUUCUGAUGAAUCAUGAAGACAAAUACUACAAAGAAGUUCAGACUGUCUCAGAACAUAUUCAGAAGUGUCUGGGGAGCCAGACCGGCGGCUUUGCUGGUGUGAAGAAGUUGCAGAAGUUCCUGGGACGACCGUUUCCUUUUAAGGACAAGCUGGUGGUGGAGUGUUUUUCACAACUGAAGGUCCUUAACAAAGUCCUUGCCAUCAGGGAGCAGAUGCCUGCCCUUGGGGAGAGUGGAUGGCAGGAAGACAUUAAUCGUCUCCAAGUGAUUGCUUCUGAAUGGACAUUGAAGAAAAGUCUCCUGCAAGCCUGGGGAUUGAUACUUAGAGCUAAUAUUUUGGAAGAUGUCAACCUAGAUGAACUGAGGAAUUUUUUGCAUGCUCAGUGUUUAGAACUGAAAGCCAAAGGACUCUCACUUGGUUUUCUGGAGAAAAAGCAUGGUGAAGCUUCCCCCCUGUUCCGUCCAGACUUUACCUCCUUGAUCCGGCUCACGAGGAGUGUUCAGCUGUGGCCUGCAAUGGAGUACCUGGCUAUGCUUUGGCAGUACAAAGUGACAGCUGAUUUUAUGGCACAGGCUUGUCUUAGAAGAUGCAGCAAAAGUCAACAACCCCAGAUAAAUGAGGAGAUAGGUCAUCUCAUCUCAUUUUGUCUUUAUCACACACCAGUUGCUCCUCAAGAGCUUCGAGAUCUGUGGUCCUUGCUGCAUCAUCAGAAGGUGUCUCCUGAAGAAAUUCCUUCUUUGUGGUCUGAGUUAUUUCAUUCCAUGUUUAUGGCUUUCUGGAGCAGUACAGUGACCACACAUCCAGAGUACUGGCUGAUGUGGAACCCUUUGCCUCCAAGGCAGGAGAGGGAGGUGCCCAAGUCCCUUUUGGGCUCCACAUUGAAGGGCCCUGGCAAUCUCAAUAGACCCAUAUUCUCUAAGUGCUGCUUUGAAGUCUUAACCAGCAGCUACAGAGCAAGUCCCUGGGAUGUGAGUGGCCUCUCCAUCCUGUCCUCCUCUCAUGUGACCCUAGGAGAAUGGCUUGAGAGAACCCAGCAGCUCCAGGACCUCAGUUCGAUGCUUUGGACCAACAUGGCUAUCUCUUCAGUAGCAGAAUUCAGACGCACGGAUUCCCAACUGCAGGGGCUGGUGCUAUUUCGGCACCUGGCAGGCCUAGCAGAGCUGCUCCCAGAGCCCCGGCGGCAGGAGUACAUGCAGAACUGUGAGCAGCUGCUGCUUGGGAGCAGCCAGGCUUUCCAGCAUGUGGGCCAGACUCUUGGGGACAUGGCUGGUCAGGAGGUGCUGCCCAAGGAACUGCUCUGCCAGUUGCUCACCUCCCUGCACCACUUUUUUGCUGAAGGGGAGAGUAAGAAGAGCCUGCCUGAGCCAGCCCAGCGUGGGAGCCUCUGGGUGAGCCUUGGCUUACUGCAGAUUCAGACAUGGCUUCCCCAGGCACGCUUUGACCCUGCAGUGAAAAGGGAGUACAAGCUCAAUUACGCCAAGGAAGAGUUACACCAACUGCAGUGUGAAUGGAAGACACGGAACCUGUCAUCCCAGCUGCAGACUGGACGAGACCUGGAAGAUGAAGCCAUUGUCAGUUACUCUCAUCCUCAUGUCAGGAUGCUUCGCCAAAGGAUGGAUCGGCUGGAGAAUUUAACCUGUCGCCUGUUGAAGAAGCAGGCGUUCAGACCACAGGUGCCUGGCUAUGAGUCCCUGGUGCAGGAGAUCCACCACUACGUCACCAGCAUAGCCAAGGCCCCUGCCAUUCAGGAUCUGCUCACACGGCUCCUGCAGGCCCUUCACAUGGAUGGGCCACGGUCUGCUCAAGUAGCCCAGAGCCUUCUAAAGGAGGAGGCCUCUUGGCAGCAGUCACACCACCAGUUCCGGAAGCGGCUGGCAGAGGAGUACGCCUUGUAUCCAGAUGCCGUGACCCCACUGCAGGCAUCCAUAUUGCAGUUACAACAUGGCAUGAGGCUGGUGGCCUCCGAGCUCCAUGCCUCACUCCACAGCAGUAUGGUUGGUGCAGACAGGUUGGGGGCCCUGGCCACAGCCUUGCUGGCUUUCCCAUCAGUGGGUCCCACCUUCCCCACUUACUAUGCUCACGCAGACACUUUGUGCUCAGUGAAGUCUGAGGAGGUUCUACGAGGCCUCAGGAAGCUAAUCCUCAAGCACUCAGGAGGAAAGGAGCUGGAAGGCAGGGGCCAGAGAGCCUGUCCCACUCGGGAGCAGCUGCUGAUGAACGCUCUCCUUUACUUGCGCUCCCAUGUACUAUGCAAGGGAGAGUUGGACCAGAGGGCCCUGCAGCUCUUCAGACAUGUGUGUCAGGAAAUCAUCAAUGAGUGGGAUGAGCAAGAACGCAUAGCCCAAGAGAAGGCUGAGCAGGAAAGCAGCUUAUAUAGAUACAGGAGCAGGAACUCUAAGACAGCCCUGAGUGAAGAGGAGGAGGAAGAACAGGAGUUCAGGAAACAGUUCCCCCUGCAUGAACAGGACUUUGCAGAUAUUUUGGUACAGCCAACGCUGGAGGAGAACAAAGGAACUUCAGAUGGGCAAGAAGAGGAAGCAGCCACAAACCCAGCUCUCCUCUCCCAGAAUUCAAUGCAGGCAGUAAUGACGAUACACCAGCAAUUGUGCCUCAACUUUGCUCGAUCCCUCUGGUACCAACAGACUCUGCCACCGCAUGAAGCAAAGCAUUACCUCAGCCUGUUUCUGUCUUGCUAUCAGACUGGGGCAUCGCUUGUGACACACUUCUACCCCCUAAUGGGAGUUGAACUGAAUGACCGACUCUUGGGCAGCCAACUUUUGGCCUCCACCCUUUCCCAUAACACUCUCUUUGGGGAGGCAGCCUCAGACCUGAUGGUGAAACCUGAUGGGCCCUAUGACUUCUACCAACAUCCUAAUGUUCCGGAAGCACGGCAGUGUCAACCUGUGCUUCAGGGUUUCUCAGAGGCUGUCACUCACUUGCUGCAGGACUGGCCAGAACACCCAGCACUUGAACAGCUGCUGGUUGUAAUGGACAGAAUUCGUAGUUUCCCACUUUCCAGUCCCAUCUCAAAGUUCCUGAAUGGCUUAGAGAUCCUUCUGACAAAGGCACAGGAUUGGGAGGAAAAUGCAAGUCGAGCUUUGUCUUUGCGUAAACAUCUUGAUUUGGUCAGUCAGAUGAUCAUUCGGUGGCGUAAACUGGAGCUGAACUGCUGGUCCAUGAGUUUGGAUAAUACCAUGAAGCGCCACACUGAGAAAUCCACCAAGCACUGGUUCUCCAUCUAUCAGAUGCUUGAGAAACACAUGCAGGAACAAACAGAAGAACAGGAAGAUGACAAACAGAUGACCUUGAUGUUGCUGGUGAGCACGUUACAAGCAUUUAUUGAAGGAUCCUCGCUGGGAGAGUUCCAUGUGCGACUUCAGAUGUUACUGGUUUUCCAUUGUCAUGUCUUGUUGAUGCCACAGGUUGAAGGAAAGGAUUCACUUUGCAGUGUUCUAUGGAAUUUGUACCAUUAUUACAAGCAAUUCUUUGACCGGGUCCAGGCCAAAAUUGUGGAACUUCGUUCCCCCCUAGAAAAAGAACUUAAAGAAUUUGUUAAGAUUUCCAAGUGGAAUGAUGUCAGCUUCUGGUCCAUUAAACAAUCUAUAGAAAAGACACACAGGACCCUCUUUAAAUUCAUGAAGAAAUUUGAAGCAGUCCUGAGUGAACCCUGCCGGUCAUCCCUGGUGGAGAGUGACAAGGAAGAACAGCCUGACUUUUUGCCCAACCCAACAGAUAUAGCUGCGAGUGAACCGUCUUCCAUUCAGAGUCUGAACAGGGCACUGAGGGAGACCCUGUUAGCCCGACCAGCAGCUGGGCAGGCCACAAUUCCAGAGUGGUAUCAGGGCACUGCUCCUUCCCCCUUGGAAGGGGAACUUCUGCGUCGCUUGCCAAAGCUCAGGAAACGCAUGAUGAAGAUGUGCCUGACCUUCAUGAAGGAGAGUCCCCUGCCUCACCUUGUGGAAGGCCUUGAUCAGUUCAUAGGUGAAGUAAUUUCCUCUGUGAGUGAGCUACAGAGCUUAAAAGUGGAACCCUAUGCAGAGAAGGAGAAGCAGCGGUCAGAAGCCAAGCACAUUCUCAUGCAAAAGCAGCGAGCUUUGUCAGACCUCUUUAAACACCUUGCAAAAAUUGGUCUGUCAUAUCGCAAAGGUCUUGCAUGGGCCCGUUCAAAAAAUCCUCAAGAGCUGCUUCAUCUUCACCCGUUAGAUCUCCGGAGUGCAUUGUCCAUCGUCAGCAGCACUCGGGAGGCUGAUUCGAGGCUGCUCACAGAAAUCUCAUCUUCAUGGGAUGGAUGCCAGAAGUAUUUUUAUCGCUCUCUUGCACGGCAUGCCAGGCUUAACACAGCACUAGCAACUCCUGCCAAGGAGAUGGGCAUGGCCAACGCAGAGCGGUGCAGAGGGUUCUCGGCACAUUUGAUGAAGAUGCUUGUCCGACAGCGGCAGUCCCUGACCACGCUUAGUGAGCAGUGGAUCAUCCUCAGGAACCUCCUCAGCUGUGUGCAAGAGAUUAAUAGCAGGCUGACAGGGCCCCUGGCCUACCCCGUGGCCUUUCCUCCUCAGGAUGGCGUGCAGCAGUGGACUGAGCGCCUGCAGCACCUGGCCAUGCAGUGCCAGAUCCUGCUUGAGCAGCUCUCCUGGCUCCUCCAGUGCUGCCCCAGUGUGGGGCCAGCUCCAGGCCAUGGCGAUGCCCAGGCAUUGGGUCAGCCUCCUGCCCCCUGCCCGGAAGGACCAGAACUUAGCAGUGGACAACUUUGUGGAGUUGUACAAGACCUCAUUCCCUCUAAUCUGAGCUACCCAUCUCCAGUUCCUGGAAUUCAGCUGCCCUUUGGUUGCCGGAUGCGGAAACAGGAUCAGCUUUGGCAACAGUCAACUAUGAGAUUAACAGAGAUGAUAAAAACCAUUACAACAGUGAAAGCUGACAUUGACAAAAUUAGGCAGCAGUCUUGUGAGACUCUCUUUCAUUCUUGGAAAGAUUUUGAAGUUUGCUCUUCUGCACUGAAUUGCUUGUCCCAGAUGUCAGCUCAUUUGCAGGGCCUAGAGUCCUUGUUCAUUCUUCCAGGGAUGGAGGUUGAGCAAAGAGACUCACAGAUGGCACUAGUUGAAAGUCUGGAAUAUAUAAGAGGAGAAGUUAGUAAAGCCGUGGCUGACUUUACCACCUGGAAGACACAUUUACUUACUUCAGGUAGCCAAGGAGGAAAUCAAAUGUUGGACGAAGGGUUUGUGGAAGAUUUUUUCGAGCAAAUGGAAACUGCCAUCCGAGCCAUCCUCUGUGCCAUUCAGAACUUAGUAGAAAGAAAGAACGAAAAAGCAGAGGAGGACACUGACCAAGCAAACCUGCAAGAAGAGUGUGCAGGCUUUGAGAGAUUGCAAUCAGGACAUCUAACAAAACUCUUAGAGGAUGACUUCUGGGCCGAUGUGAGCACUUUGCAUGUGCAGAAAAUAAUUUCUGCCAUCUCUGAGCUGUUGGAGAGGCUGAAAUCAUAUGGUGAGGAUGGCACAGCAGCAAAGCACCUGUUCUUCAGCCAAUCUUGUUCCUUGCUGGCGCGCCUCAUGCCCAUCCUCUCCAGCUACUCAGACCUCGUCCUCUUCUUCCUGACCAUGUCUUUGGCAACUCACCGUGGUACUGCGAAGCUGCUCUCUGUGCUUGCCCAGGUCUUCACGGAGCUUGCCCAGAAGGGAUUUUGCUUGCCCAAAGAAUUUAUGGAAGAUUCAGCUAGAGAGGGAGCAACUGAGUUCCAUGACUAUGAGGGAGGUGGAAUUGGAGAAGGCGAGGGCAUGAAGGAUGUGAGUGACCAGAUAGAAAAUGAAGAACAGGUGGAAGAUACCUUUCAGAAGGGUCAAGAAAAAGACAAAGAGGAUCCUGAUUCACAAUCUGAUAUUAAGGGCGAGGAUAACGCCAUUGAGAUGUCGGAAGACUUUGAAGGGAAAAUGCAUGAUGGGGAGCUUGAAGAACAAGCCAGGCUGGAGUGCAAUGACACAAUAUCGGCUCACCGCAACCUCCGCCUCCUGGGUUCAGGCAAUUCUCCUGCCUCAGCCUCCCAAGUAGCUGGGAUUACAGAAGAGGAUGAUGAGAAAUCAGAUAGUGAGGGCGGAGACCUGGAUAAGCAGAUGGGUGAUCUCCAAGGUGAGGAAGCUGACAAACUAGAUGAGAGGCUUUGGGGUGAUGACGAUGAGGAGGAAGAUGAGGAGGAAGAAGACAGUAAAACUGAAGAAACAGGACCAGGAAUGGAUGAGGAAGAUUCUGAACUUGUUGCUAAAGAUGACAACCUGGAUAGUGGGAAAUCGAACAAAGAUAAAAGCCAGCAAAAUAAGAAGGAAAAAAAGGAAGAAGCAGAAACUGAUGAUGGUGGACAAGGUGAAGACAAAAUCAAUGAACAAAUAGAUGAGAGGGAAUAUGAUGAAAAUGAGGUGGACCCUUACCAUGGCAAUCAGGAAAAGCUGCCAGAACCUGAGUCCUUGGACCUUCCAGAUGACUUGAACCUCGACAGUGAGGACAAGAAUGUUGGUGAGGACACUGACAACGAAGAAGGAGAAGAAGAGAAUCCUUUGGAGAUAAAAGAAAACCCGGAAGAAGCAGGUCAUGAAGCUGAGGAAAGCAGAGAGACCAAGACUGACCAGAAUGAAAGUCAGAGUCCACAUGAGCCCGAGGAAGGCCCCAGUGAAGAUGACAAGGCAGAGGAGGAGGAAAUGGAUACAGGAGCUGAUGACCAAGAUGGAGAUGCUGCUCAGCAUACUGAAGAACACUCUGAGGAGCAGCAGCGGUCUCUGGAGGAAAAAGACAAGGAAGCCAAUGAGGAAGGUGGAGAGAAUGGCCCUGCUGACCAAGGUUUCCAGCCCCAGAAGCAGGAGGAAGAACAGGAGGACUCUGACAUAGAGGAGCAGGUGCCAGAGGCUUUGGAGAGGAAGGAGCACGCCUCCUGCGGGCAGACUGGUGUGGAGAACAUGCAGAGCACAGAGGCCAUGGAGGCGGCUGGGGCCGCACCUGAGAAGGAACAGGGGAAAGAGGAACAUGGAAGUGGAUCUGCAGAUGCAAACCAGGCAGAAGGCCGUGAAUCGAAUUUCAUUGCCCGGUUGGCUUCCCAGAAGCACACCAGGAAAAACACACAGAGUUUUAAGAGGAAACCUGGGCAGGCCGACAAUGAACGUUCCAUGGGUGAUCACAAUGAGCGUGUGCACAAGAGACUGAGAACUGUGGAUACGGACAGCCAUGCUGAGCAGGGGCCAGCUCAGGAGGCCCAGGCCCAGGUGGAGGAUGCAGAUGCAUUUGAGCACAUUAAACAAGGCAGCGACGCAUACGACACGCAAACCUAUGAUGUGGCCAGCAAAGAACAGCAACAGUCUGCAAAAGACUCUGGCAAAGAUCAGGAAGAGGAGGAGAUAGAGGACACCCUCAUGGACACAGAGGAGCAGGAGGAGCUCAGAGCAGCAGAUGUGAAGCAGCUGAAGCCAGAGGAAGUCAAGUCAGGCACCACAGCACCCUUCAGCUUUGAUGAGAAGGAGGUGGAGAUCCAAACUGUUAAAACAGAGGAAAACCAAGACCUCAGAACAGACAAAUCCCCUAAGGGGACAGAAAAUGAGAAACCAGAAAGAAGCCAAGAGUCAACCAUUCAUACAGCUCAUCAAUUCCUCAUGGACACAAUCUUCCAGCCCUUUUUAAAAGAUGUCAGUGAGCUAAGACAGGAGCUGGAGAGACAGCUGGAAAUGUGGCAGCCACAUGAAUCUGGAAACCCAGAAGAAGAGAAGGUUGCAGCUGAGAUGUGGCAGAGUUACCUGAUCUUAACAGCACCUCUUUCACAACGGUUAUGUGAAGAGCUUCGUCUCAUAUUAGAACCUACCCAGGCAGCCAAGCUGAAAGGAGACUAUCGAACUGGGAAACGACUGAACAUGCGAAAAGUCAUUCCAUACAUUGCUAGUCAAUUUCGGAAAGACAAGAUUUGGCUUCGAAGGACCAAGCCCAGUAAACGCCAGUAUCAGAUUUGUUUGGCUAUUGAUGACUCUUCUAGUAUGGUAGACAACCAUACUAAGCAGCUUGCAUUUGAAUCUUUGGCUGUGAUUGGAAAUGCUCUAACCCUCCUGGAAGUGGGUCAGAUUGCAGUGUGUAGUUUCGGAGAAUCUGUAAAGCUGUUACACCCAUUCCAUGAGCAGUUCAGUGAUUACUCUGGGUCCCAGAUUCUACGUCUCUGCAAAUUCCAACAAAAGAAAACCAAGAUUGCUCAGUUUCUAGAGUCUGUCGCCACCAUGUUUGCAGCCGCUCAGCAGCUCUCACAGAACAUCAGUCCAGAAACUGCACAACUCCUCCUGGUAGUCUCUGAUGGGCGAGGCCUUUUCCUUGAGGGCAAAGAAAGAGUCCUGGCAGCAGUUCAGGCUGCCCGGAAUGUGAACAUCUUUGUCAUCUUUGUUGUAUUGGACAAUCCCAGUUCACGGGAUUCUAUCUUGGACAUUAAAGUACCGAUAUUUAAAGGACCUGGAGAGAUGCCUGAAAUCCGAUCCUACAUGGAAGAGUUCCCAUUCCCAUACUAUAUCAUUCUACGAGAUGUAAACGCACUUCCUGAGACACUCAGCGAUGCCCUCAGACAGUGGUUUGAGUUGGUGACAGCCUCUGAUCACCCAUAGAAUAGAAAGAAGAGUCCAAAGUGAGACUUAACCAUGGUCAGAAGGUCACAUUCCUUACCCAGGUGCUCCCUUUUGGAGAACUCCAAAAAAUUUUAUUGUAAUACAUAUUUUUAUUUUACAACAUGAUCUUACAGCCUAUAGAACACUCUCUGGUUCCCUGCUUUGCCUGGGCUAAUGUUUUUAUAACAAACCGGGAAGCAGCAGCAGGUGCCUGAACUGGUAACUAGAAGAGAUACGAGUUCAGGCACCUGCUGCUGCAGUGGGCUUGGAAGCCCUGGCCUGGGAGGAGGUCAUACCCCACCGUUGGAGCCCAGCUGCCUGUUUUCCUUUGCAGGGGACCUGGGCACCUGUGCCUUGAGGAGAUGUUGCCAGGAGCAUGGGAUUCUGACAGUCCUUUGUAUAAAGGAUUAAGGGGAGCUAGCUGCCCUUUUGACCCUGCUCUAAGCUCUGCCUUGCCAAGCCCACAAUGUGUACCCAAAAGCUGUCAAGUGGCUGAGACAGCUGCAGUUUCUGGACAGUAUGAGGGUGUGUUUUCUUACUGUGAAAGGAACUACCUUCUCUUAGAGGGUAGGAAGAGUGUGGUGCGUGUGUGUGUUCUCAUACAGCAACCGGACAUUAUUAGAAGCCCAAGUAAUCCAUAAAAAUGAUCCUUGGGCUGUGUAAAAACAAAGUGGCUUUUCAGUAUCCUCUUUCACAUGUGCUGCUUCGGGAGACUAUGCAAUGAUGGAAAGGUGAUUGCCCCUUUACUUCAUUCAGUGCCAUGGUCCCUGUUGUUGUAGUAAUUUAUUUGUUUAGUUCAUGUUUUUUUUUUUUUCCUUAAUGGUUAAGGAGAAGAGUCAUUCCUUACACUGCUUUCAAGCUGGACUGAGCCAGUUUCAUUCUGGGAAAGAAACACUGUAUCCAGAAGGACUCAGCAGCUCCAUCUAUUUUUUCCAGUCAAAAAGAAACUGAUUUUUAGGCAGUUUUUACUUGGCCAGAAAGCAGUGCUUGAAUACUUGAAACUGUGUGCUCUAUUCUACUUAAUGUUCUGUCAGAAUGUUCUUUUGUAGGCAAUAUGUCAGAUGUAAUCAUCUAUCUCCCUGUUUCCAAGUUACACUGUGAAGUCUGCCACCCUUUUGAGGUGGUCAUCAAAGACAGAUUGCUUCUUGUUUAACCAAGUGUCCCAAAGCAUGUACCUGAAGUUAUAUCAUUAUUUUUUAUUCUAAAAAGCUAUGCAGCUUAUAUUCCGAAAACUAUUAAAACAUAUACCACUGUUGAUAUAA